AUGGUGCCCAAGGAGCUGCAAGGAAGAGACAACGUAUCUCUUGAUGCUCAUGCCGGAGGCUUUGCUUUGAGUUCAACUUGGGCCGUUGCUCCCGGGUCCCGAAUGGUGGCGAAUGUGAAAGGGGCUUCCACCUUUGCAUGCGACGUGGAUGUCAUGCACCUCAUCCUGAAUCUGAACACCCGAAGGAGAAGGGGCAAUCCAGAAACGUUGGAAGCUGUGCAGCCUGUGGCACUCCAAGCGUUGCAGAAGAUGCGGGCUGCGACCGGCACACAAUCAAGGUCUAGCCGGAUUCCUGCCUUGGUGCCUACAUACAAGUUGAGGUUUCGGAUUGGCGGCCACUCAGACGCGCUGCCUGACGUUAAUAUUUUUCAAAGAGUGCGCAAGGAUGUUACAAUCUCCUCCUCACCAACACAGACCCUUCCAAAAGGCUCCAAACUUUUGGCACUUGCUCCGGUGGACAACCUGGUCACGGGGGAUGAGAUGCCUGCCCAACCGGAGAUUUUCAAAGUAGGAGGUGGUCAAAGCCGGCCAUCCAAUGGACAUGGCGACAUUCCUUCCACCAAGGUUGCAGUUUCCUUGACAACGGGACGCUCCUGGUACAUCUUUACAGACGCAUGCUAUGAACCGGAUAAUGCAGAAAAGACAGCUGGAAUUGGAGCUGUGUUGGUUGAUCAAUUUGGCAGGUACAGAGGUUUCUUUUCAGUUUUUCUUACAGAAGAUUUGCUGGCCAAGCUCAACAUCACCAAGCGGAAGACCAUCAUUUUCGAAUGUGAACUACUUGCAAUUUUUGUUGCAAUGACAUGCUGGUCACAACACUUACAAGAUUCGCAGGUGGUGGUGUGCACUGAUAAUGAGGGCGUAAAGGAUGCGCUCAUAGCUUGUCAGACCUCCAGCUACAAUGCUACCCCGAUUUUGGUAGCGCUCCUCCAACUUGAAUUUGAUUUGAAAUGGAACGCUUGGUUCAGCAGAGUUCCUUCAGAAUCCAAUGUGGCUGACGACCCGUCGCGAGGCUUUGAGGACCACUGGUUGGAUUUGAGUUUCCGUUUGGUCUUCAUUUGGUUCCUUGCAAUUCAUGCAAUUUACAUCACUCUGGGAGAUCAUCCGCCAUCUGCUCAUGUCAGACAGGAAACCAGAUGUGUUGUUUUUGUGUGGUUCGGCAAACUGAUACAAAUUGUUACCGUAGUUGUGGAUUCCUGCCAAAUUCCAAAGUACAAUGAUGAUGGCAGAAAAACACUUGACUCUGCCACGGCCUAUUUGACGGUGUUUGGCAAUUCCACGCAUUACGUGGCAGACGUGUGGUUUUUGCAACUGGUGGUCGAGCGGCUUGUAGCCUUUCAGGCUGCAUACGGCGAGCCGUUGCCAUGUACCCGUGUGGUUGUAUGGCUCUCACGUGCCAUGAUUUUCAUGGUGUGCACUCAGGCUUUCGGUGUCAUAUCACGAGUGGUUGCGUUGGGCAGUGCCGUGACACUCUCAGUAGGUGUCAUUUUUUUGUCUAUUUUACUUUGUAGAGCUUAUGCAGUUCCUUACAAAUACCUCUUGAAAGCACAGAAAUUGGAUGUCAAUGACGCUUUGUCCGCGCAAAUGAAAAAAGAGACAACCUUUGCCAUGCACCUUAUCUUGAAACUUCAAGUGGGCAAUUUCAUGGGCAUCGGUGGCAUGGUCUUGGCUUUCAUGGCUUUUGGCAUAGGUGAUUAUCAUGUGCCGCGAGAUAAGAUGUGGCCGAUGAUCUGGGUAGUGGCUUCGAAUUUGGAUUCGUUGGCGAUUACUGCAUCCUUGGUGAUGUUGUCCGGUGUGAACUUCAAAUGGUGUCGACGCCGCUCAAAAGGAAAUGAUGGGCCCAGAGCUAGUCGGGCUGGUGGUACCUGCUGUACCAGCGAUCACAGAGACUUGAAGUACCACUCUGAGUCCGCCUGGAAUUUUGAGAGAACAGCAACCGGCGCUUUCAACACUACGGGGGAACAGGAUAAAAGUGCUAGAGAAUGGCAGGAGAAAGUAGCUGGCUUGGCAACGAGACGAGUCUCUGUGGAGGUUCUGUUGCAUUUUUACCUUCAGCUGGGUCAAGAAAAUGCCAUGCCACAUUUUGAUUCAAAGAGAUCAACCACCAAUGACGUGGUGCGGCACAUGGUGAUCCCCCAGUCACGCGAUGGUAACCUGGGUCGGUCUUUUGCAGAAAAGUUUGGACCCCACAAGGUCUCCAUGACACCCAAGAUGGUGACACACCACUGGUCCAAUCGCUUCUGCGACCUGGUUGCAGCCGUCCUGGCUGAUGCGCUGGGCCUCAAGCGCUGGGAUCUCAUUGCAGAGUGCUUGAGGUCGCCAGAUGUGAGCGAUGGCGAAGAAUUGAAGGAGCAACUCUAUGCCCAUGGCGCCUUGCACUGGCAAUACUGGAUCUGUGCCUUUUGCAUCAAUCAACAUGCCAGUAUUUGUGGAAACUCCAUGGGAGUCCUAGAUACGGUGACGCAAAAGGUCUUGCCCAGCUGUGAUUGUGCUACUCCUAAGUAUUUGAAUGACCAGCCUAUCAGAUGCGAGAUGAACAAGUUUGAUGAUAUGAUGGCCUAUUUGCAUCGCGAAUGCCCCAAGUUCCUGCAGGUCGUUGCCAUUGACCUAGAAUUCAUGAUCUUCUCGCGUGCUUGGUGCGUGGCAGAGCUCGUACAAGCUGAUGCCAGCCAUUUGGAACAGCAUAUGAUGAUCCAUUCGCCCUCUGCUUUGGAGAAGAACACAGGUCAACUGAAAUCCAUUCAGGUCCAAAACUGCUCAGCCUCAAGGGAGGAGGACAAACUGGCCAUCCUCGCCAAAAUCGGGGCUCAAGAUGAUGUGGACAAAUUCAACCAGCGUCUUCAGCAGAUCCUUUUGGGCAACGGAGGUUUGUUGGCAGAUUGGUUGGAUGGUCAGAAACUACUGCAGGAGGUAGUACGCAUCGGUGGUGCACUCGUGAUAUUUUUUGGUACAGUUUUCAUCACUUCCCUGCCGUGGGUCAUUUACGGUGGCAAAGAGGCAUGCAAGGCCUCACGUGGGACUUACAAGACCCCUUGGAACCAAGGCUUUGAGGACCACUGGUUGGAUUUGAGUUUCCGUUUGGUCUUCAUUUGGUUCCUUGCAAUUCAUGCAAUUUACAUCACUCUGGGAGAUCAUCCACCAUCUGCUCAUGUCAGACAAGAAACCAGAUGUGUUGUUUUUGUGUGGUUCGGCAAACUGAUACAUAUCAUCACCAUCACUGCGGACUCCUGCCAAAUUCCAGAGUACAAUGACGAUGGCAUUCGACCAGUGGAUGCGAACAUAGCUUACUUCUCCGUUUUUGGCUUGGCCACGCACUAUGUUGCAGACGUGUGGUUUUUACAACUGGUGGUUGAGCGGCUUGUAGCCUUUCAGGCUGCAUACGGGGAGCCUUUGCCAGGUAUUUGCGUGAUUGUGUGGCUUUCACGUUUCAUGAUUUUCAUGGUGACAAUGCAAUCUUUUGGUGUUGUAUCCCGUGUCAUGGCGCUGGGCAAUGCCAUCACACUCUCAGUGGGUGUUGCUUUUUUAUUGAUUUUACUCUUCAGAGCUUAUGCAGUGCCUUACAAGUACCUCUUGAAAGCACAGAAACUGAAUGUCAAUGACGCUUUGUCCGCGCAAAUGAAAAAAGAGACGACCUUUGCCAUGCGCAUCAUUCGGAGGUCCCAGAUGGUUUUUUUUUUGGGAAGUGGUGGCAUGAUCUUAGCAUUUCUGGCGUUUGGUUUGGAUUUUUUUGUUUGGCCUCGAGAUCAGAUGUGGUCAAUGAUUUAUGUCGUCGCCUCGAACUUGGAUUCGUUGGCGAUUACUGCGUCCUUGGUGAUGUUGUCCGGUGUGAACUUCAAAUGGUGUCGACGCCGCUCAAAAGGAAAUGAUGGGCCCGGAGCUAGUCGGGCUGGUGGUACCUGCUGUACCAGCGAUCACGGAGACUUGAAGUACCACUCUGAGUCCGCCUGGAAUUUUGAGAGAACAGCAACCCGCGCUUUCAACACUACGAGGGAACAGGAUAAAAGUGCUAGAGAAUGGCAGGAGAAAGUAGCUGGCUUGGCAACGAGACGAGUCUCUGUGGAGGUUCUGUUGCAUUUUUACCUUCAGCUGGGUCAAGAAAAUGCCAUGCCACAUUUUGAUUCAAAGAGAUCAACCACCAAUGACGUGGUGCGGCACAUGGUGAUCCCCCAGUCACGCGAUGGUAACCUGGGUCGGUCUUUUGCAGAAAAGUUUGGACCCCACAAGGUCUCCAUGACACCCAAGAUGGUGACACACCACUGGUCCAAUCGCUUCUGCGACCUGGUUGCAGCCGUCCUGGCUGAUGCGCUGGGCCUCAAGCGCUGGGAUCUCAUUGCAGAGCGCUUGAGGUCGCCAGAUGUGAGCGAUGGCGAAGAAUUGAAGGAGCAACUCUAUGCCCAUGGCGCCUUGCACUGGCAAUACUGGAUCUGUGCCUUUUGCAUCAAUCAACAUGCCAGUAUUUGUGGAAACUCCAUGGGAGUCCUAGAUACGGUGACGCAAAAGGUCUUGCCCAGCUGUGAUUGUGCUACUCCUAAGUAUUUGAAUGACCAGCCUAUCAGAUGCGAGAUGAACAAGUUUGAUGAUAUGAUGGCCUAUUUGCAUCGCGAAUGCCCCAAGUUCCUGCAGGUCGUUGCCAUUGACUUAGAAUUCAUGAUCUUCUCGCGUGCUUGGUGCGUGGCAGAGCUCGUACAAGCUGAUGCCAGCCAUUUGGAACAGCAUAUGAUGAUCCAUUCGCCCUCUGCUUUGGAGAAGAACACAGGUCAACUGAAAUCCAUUCAGGUCCAAAACUGCUCAGCCUCAAGGGAGGAGGACAAACUGGCCAUCCUCGCCAAAAUCGGGGCUCAAGAUGAUGUGGACAAAUUCAACCAGCGUCUUCAGCAGAUCCUUUUGGGCAACGGAGGUUUGUUGGCAGAUUGGUUGGAUGGUCAGAAACUACUGCAGGAGGUAGGUGCUAUCUCAGCUAGGGCAAAAGCGCGUGUGGAGGAAGCGUCCAAAGCACAGCCCAACUUGGAUGUUUCGGACCCUUGGGAAAUCUAA